GUAAUUUCCGCACACUUUGCAAAUGGCCACCCUCCUGUACGUCAGUUAGAUCAAGAACCAUGUGGUCUUUACUCAGCCAAUCAGAAGAGAUCACCCUACAUCACAGAUCACAUGACUGUGGCGUUCGACCAAUCAGCAGAGACCUGGAGUCCAUCUAACUUUCUCUUUCCACUGAUGGCGCUAAAAGACGCUAAAGAGACCGAGCUGCCCGUAAAUUUCUGUACUAAACUUCGAAACUAGCCAUGGCAAUGUCUGCCCGCAUGUUUUAUGCCAAGAAGCAGAAUACUGUCGUGCCCACCCACCCUGCCAUCAGUGAUGAUGAUGAGGAGGAUGAUGAUGAUGUGGCAGACCCUGAUUUUGUCCCACCCACCCACAACCAGGACAUUCCAUGUAGUGAUACUGACCCCUCUGCCAGGAGGAAAUGGAUCCAGCCUGUGGUGGAAGUGCUCCAAGAAAAUGACAGUGAGGACAGUGAGUACAGUGAGGAUGACAACGAUGAUGAUGAUGACGAUGAUGAUGAUAAUGUGCAGCCAGCAGUACAAGCCCAGAGGCCAAGGCCUGGCAAGUCGGCACCCAGGCCAACCACUUGGCAUAAAGUUGACCUGAACAACACAGCCCUUCCUGAAUACCAGCACGCUGCCCCAGACUACAUUGACAUGCCUUUUCAGUACUUUAUUAGGUACUUUGAUGCCCAAAUAAUCAGUCACAUAACAUAUCAGACAAACUUGUAUGCUGCUCAAAAGGACAUCAACACCACUUUCUCCACCAAUGAGAAUGAAAUAAUGACCUUUCUGGCCAUCCUCAUCUAUAUGGGUGUUGUUCAGCUCCCCUCUGUUGAAGAUUACUGGGCCAUGGAAACCAGGGUCCCUCAAGUUGCCGACCUGAUGUCAUCAAAGAGGUUCAGGCUGCUGAAAAGGGUUAUCCACUUCAAUGACAACACUCAGAUCCCUGGCACCAGCGACCGUUUCUUCAAAGUCCGGCCCCUGUUCAGCUAUCUCAAUAAUGCCUUCAGGCGUGAGCCACAGACCCCCAAACAGUCUGUAGAUGAGGUUAUGGUUGCCUACAAAGGGAAGACAGCUGGCAACCUAAGGCAAUAUAUCAAAAGCAAGCCAGACAAGUGGGGUUUUAAGUUGUUCGCGAGGGCUUCUGAGGACGGCUUCAUCCAUGACAUGGUGCUCUACCAGGGCAAAACUACCCUGGAGGCCCAUGAUGUACCCCAGACGCCUGAACAAAAAGUGCUGGGUGCCACCAGUCAGAUUGUUGCUGUCCUGGCAAGUACCAUGUCCUCCCCCACCACCACAGCCAUCUUUGCUGACAACUUUUUUACCAGCAUGGAGCUAGUGCGGUACCUCAGAGAUCAGAAUUGCAGGUACACAGGGACAGCAAGGGACAAUAGAAUAAAAAAUCCUCCACUCAAGUCCAUCAAGGAGAUGGAGAAGAAGGCUGUACCCCGUGGCACUUAUGACUAUGCUACCAGUGAUGAUGGGAUACUGGCCGUCAGAUGGAAGGACAACAGAACGGUCACUCUGCUGUCACAUGGGGGUGGAGCCGAUGUCCUCAGUCAUUAGGUACUGCAGUGAGACCAAGAU